AUGGCUGAGGAAGCAUUUUUGGAGGCGGCGGGACAUGUAGUAUCGGGUGUAUCAUUGACGGCCUCGCAAAUACCGGAUCACGCCGAGACCUGCAAGCAGCUAUCAGGGAUCACGACGACCGUGCGUGGAGUCUUCAAGAAGGAGGCGCGACGGCUCAUUCUCAACCACUAUUCUCUUUCUCUCAAAGCCAGAGACACAAGAUCGUUGACUGACCAUAGAGAGACUACUGUUGCCCCACUUCUCGUCAACCAUCGCUAUCUCUUUAAAGAUCCUACAAUCAUGUCCCCUGUCAACCACCCCGCUGUCAUCGAGACAAUCUGUAAUUCCCUCUGGACCACUCAUCUUCACAAAGUGCUCGACCUCGAUGAGCUUGACAAGUUCGACGACCUAUUCUCAAUCGGGGGCGCUGCGGUCCAUAACACUCUACUAGAGUUCCAAGACGGUGUAUAUAAGUCAGUACAAUUUUCACCAGCGUCUUUGUCGGCAACGGAGUACAAAGCAAUUCAGACCCACAAUACAAUCGUCCGCGACACGCCUACGCUGCAUGCUGCUUUGUUGUCCAUAAAGCAGAACAUGAUUGCUCUGGGGACAGCUUUGCGUGCACGUUGA